AUGGGGGGAGGAGUCGACGAAUCAGACGCAGACGUGUCGCAGGACUCCUCUGCCUUGCAGUCGGCUAUUGCCACGUUUAUGCGCGACGCAACUGCCUGGCCGAUGGUAUAUGUGACGCCUCACUCACUUGCAGAAGAGUUGAGGAAGCUACCAAGCAGUCAAUCAUCUCGUCUUUGUCUAUCAACAGGAAAGUACGGCCACGGAGUCAUAGAGAACACAGCUUCAUGCCUCAUACUUAGUGCAUCUUUUGCUAAUGAUGAGACUGAGGUGGUGGAAGACCCUGAAAAAGAGUAUAGUUUGAAUAGGAGAGAAAGAGGGUCGGCGAUGGCGACCUUGCAACAACCAAUUCGAAUCAACUCCAGUGCACCCCUUGCAUUUCAUGGUGUUUGGUUUGCAAACCGCGUGGAGGUUGCGGGAAGGGGCCCUGUUUUAUUUUCCCAGUGCCGUUUCGGAGCCUCAGUAACGUGCCAAGAUGUUAGAAUACCGCCACCUUCGCCUUUUGCUAGUGUGCACCUUGCAAUGGAGGGUGUAUGUACCUUUUCCGAAUGUGACUUUGACCACGAUUGUGGAGCAGCAGGGAUGGCUGGAAGUAAUGAAGUACCUGCCAUGACAGCCCGUGGAUGCACAAGUCUGACAAUCUUUAACAGUAGCUUUUCAGGUCCUGGUGUGGUAUCUACUGCCCUAGCACUUCUUGAUGGAGCAACACUGGAGGCAAAUUACAUGACUAUUGCCCGAUGCGGUGGUUAUAGUCUCGUCGUGGGAGACAGGAGCAGCGCAGUGGUUAUCCGAAGUGUCUUUGACCAAAAUCAGAGGGGUGUUUGGGUUAAAGGAAGGGGAAACCUAGAAAUCAGAGAUUCGAGUGUGGAGAACACUUGUCAUAAGCAAAGUAGCCUCCUCCUUACGGAGAAUGCUCGCUGUUCUGCCCAUGAAUGCGUCUUUGAAGCCUCAGAUGCUGGGCUAAAUUCAUCUGGCAAGGCUAUUGUGGUGGCUCGUGAUCAAGCACAGUUGUCGCUGAGUGCGUGUGACCUAUUUUGGGGAGAGAGCGGCGCUCAUUCUAGUAAAGGACCUGAAAAAGAGGGACAUCGCGAGGAGUUUCAGAGUAAUCCUACUACAGAUCCCGAUCGUAGCCAGGUGGAGGAUUUUGGGCUCUGCCACGUAGUACUGCGAGAAAACAGCGAAGCAACACUCACUCAAUGCCUUCUUCGGUUGCCCUUAUUUGAAGGGCGUUCUAAUCAGUGUGCUGCCGUUGGUGUCUUAUUGCGUGGGGCUCUUCGUAUUGACUCCCUUCCAUUGUAUGCGGUGGAGAAUGUUGUUGUUUACGGAUAUCCCAUGGAUAGGGACACCAUGGCGCAAGGAGGGACCUUAAGAAACCACAGUGAUGCUUCUCGGCAUUUGUGGGGUCUCGUGUUGCCGAACUCUUCUUCGGCUGGCCGGGCAAGGGAGCUGGAACAGCUGACAAGAAUGUGGGUGGCCACUAAUCGCUUUAUUGAGUGCGAUGAAAGUCCACUGGCAGACGCAUCCCUCGCGUACAGUUCUUAUGAUUCAUACUGCAAGGCUCUCGGUCGGUGUCCUGUGGCGUCUGACAUGGAGGUAUCUGAUGAAAACGCCUCGCUCUGCUCUGCUUCCUCGGCGGGACAAACAGGGCGUCACCCUUCUGUCGCACGUUCCACGUUGGGAGGCGCACAUUCGGUCCAAGCGGGUACGUGCUCCACGCUCGAAUUAACACCAGGCUGUACACCACCGCGUUUGGAAGGUACGUGUCCGAGAAAAAGUGACGAUGAGGGCCCUGACACGGUUUCUGAAUCAGAUGCGAACAGCGGCGCCACAAGUCUUACUUCGUUCGGUGCUGACGAGACUAGUGAUGAUGAUGAUUAUGAUAAAGAUGAUGAUGGUGGUAAAAAUAAACAAGGUGAUAGACGCCGUGGGUAUAGGACUGCAGCAAAGACUAGACUACGUACGAAAGCCAAGAGUAAUAGCUCUUAUGCUGGUGCCCUCCAAACUACCGAAUCAUCCCCCCAAGUUGAAUCACUGCCACUCAAGAUGCACCGAGUGGAUUCUUCUACAACGCAGAGCAGUGAUACAUGGAAGGUCCCACCGACUCCGUCACUACAUCCAAAGGGAAAGGGAACUUCUCAGAAAACUAAUUCAACUGCAUCUACUGUCAGCAGUGUCUGUCCAUUGCCUUCGGUGGUGCCUGUAAGGGAUGAUAGCGACAGCAAGAAGGCCACGCCAGUCUCCGCAGGAAAGAUGUCACGCCCCGGCGUGCCUUCCAUCGCCAAACAGCGUGGUAUUUGCCGAGUUCAAACGGAGGAAGCCAAAGGUGUGUUUCAUGGUAGUCACACUAACCUGGAGACUCUGCUGCCUAACAGGCCGAGCACCACGCACGUCUUCCGCAGCUGCAGCGGCAGCAUCAACAGCAACAACAAUUCUACGUCAAAACUGCAAGGCCGAGCUCGACAGGGAACUACGAGGUCGGAUAGUCACCCCAACUCUGAUUUUUCUCCAUAUUGUCCAGGGGUGGCGGUUCGCCGAGGUUCCUCUUCUCUCAAUAUAAAGCCGUUGAGUGAUCGUGACCAUGACAGCAGCACUGACGGAUCCAAGGAUGUGUGGCCUUGGGAGGUGGCAGAGCUGCGAUGCCUACUGCGAAAGAAGCUUGGGCUGUACCCCAGUCUUGAGGAGUAUGAGCGGGCGUUCCAGAGUGUGGUGGAGGAUGAAACGGCGGAUAAUGAAGAACAUCAUUGCAGACGACGUGCAUCACCACGUCGUGUAGAUGUGGAGCCGCUUCUGACUGACAUUCAAGCACGGUACGGAGCACUUCUGCGCCGUGCGGAAAGAGCGCAAAGCUCCUCGGGUACAACUCCCAGGAGGCGUGCCCGGCGUGCGCUUGAUUCAUCACGGGAAGGAAUAGGAUGGGCCACAACGCGCUUGUACGAGGAGUUCUGGAACAAGUGGCAUAAAACACAUCUCUUUAGCGAACUGCUGGAUGAGUUGCGACGGGAUCAACGACGGCGUGAACGUCUUACACCUGACGAGAUGGAAAACCAGGCGCAGCGCAUGCAUACAACCGGGGCUAAAGAACGAAAACACGGUAGUGGGGGGCGGGUGGCUGGGGCAGCCCGUAACUACGCUUUUCAACAGAGGCAUUAUCAGAUGAAUCGGGAUGAAAAAAGACCCCAUACCGGUACGGAAAGACGUGGUUCUACCUCUGAUCUCCACCUGGAAAGUCGUGUGUGUGGCAAGAGCAACGGCGGCAGAGAGCAUAGGACACACAAAAGUACUGUGCACCGCGAGAGCAGUCGACCAAGAAAGCCACCACUCUACCCACCUGAACCUCCGCGAAUACCCGAGGGAAAUGGUAGGUUUGUGCGCGAAAAGCGCUCAGUUUCAUAA